UUUCUUCUUUACUCCCACGAGAAGCAGGGCAUUGCCCUGGGAAUAUUAGCACAAAACCUGGGUCCAUAUUGACGGGCAGUUGCCUACCUCUCUAAGCAGUUAGACACGACUGCAAAAGGUUGGCCUGGAUGCCUGCGGGCGGUUGCGGCUGUGAUACUGAACAUACAGGAAGCUCGAAAGUUUACUCUGGGCCAGAAAAUGACUGUUUUGGUGUCUCACACAGUAUCAGCAGUACUGGAAGCAAAGGGUGGACAUUGGCUCUCUCCGCAAAGAUUCCUGAGAUAUCAAGCUAUAUUGGUAGAGCAGGAUGAUGUGGAGAUUGUAGUCACUAACAUUGUCAACCCAGCUUCUUUUCUCAGCGGGAACACAGGAGAACCGGUACAUCAUGACUGCCUGGAAACCAUCGAAGCAACCUACGCCAGUCGCCCAGACCUGAAAGACAGCCCCAUGGAAAACGGGGAAACUUGGUUCACAGACAGAAGCAGUUACGUCCUAAAUGGUAAUCGACAUGCGGGAUACGCCGUCACCACCAGCCAAGAGGUAGUAGAAUCAGGGGCUUUGCCCAUGAACACCUCCGCACAGAAGGCAGAAAUAAUUGCUCUAACCCGCGCCCUGGAAUUGGCCCAGGGCAAAGUUGUGAACAUUUAUACAGACUCAAAAUAUGCCUUUGGAGUUGUACACGCACAUGGAGCAAUUUGGAAGGAGAGAGGACUAUUGAAUUCCCAAGGGAAAAAUAUCAAACACGCAGAAGAAAUUCUGAAGUUACUGGAAGCUGUCCAGCUCCCUAAGAAAGUGGCAAUUAUGCAUAUUAAGGCACACUAG